AUGGCAAUGGCCGAUGUUAUAGGAUGCGUCACCGCUGUCGCUUCGGCAUUCCAAGGCGGAGCCGACCUCGUGGCGGCCAUCAUGGAGCGCAGGGACAAGAAGAAAUGGCGGAAAGACAAGGACCAGGAAUUGGCGUUUCAGGAACGGAUGCUGCAUCGAGCCCUCGUGGACGCCGCAAGUCAAUGCCACAACACCGCUCAGGACCGCAGGCAGCGCUUCGGUCAGUCUUUCGACACGGGAGAUCACAUCGCAGUCUCCGAACUCAAGGAUGUCAUUAUCGGGCUGCAGUCAACCGUCACCAACAGUCUGCAACUUGCCCGGAAUGACAGAAAUGCGGCACUAGACUUGGCGAGACUGCACGAGCAUGUCACCACUCAGAAGGGCAACGCUUUACGUUCGAUAGACGAGCUCUGCCGCCGCGCUGUGAGGGCCGUUCCAGCUCAGAGGUCAUACACUAUCGAUUGUGCGACUCCUGUGGUGUAUUAUCGAGAGAAGCAAGAGUAUGCAUCGCAAUCUGCGCAGCGUAGUAUGUCGGCGGACUACCACAACCCUUAUCAAAGACCCGCAAUGAGCACAAUUGCGCUGUGUUACUCUGGAAAUCCUGGGUAUAUCCAUCAGGACCUCGUGCGAACGCCAUCUUCAAUACAGCACACGCCUAUCUCCAUGAUGGCUCGUCAUCCUUCAAGCGCCUCGACAUCGACGUACAAUAGCUGGUAUUCGCAACAUCGGCGCCCAAACAGCGAUAUUGCGAGCGUACAGGAGAGCGCCGCGAUGGACAGUCAGUCUGAAGGGCUACCAGCAUUAGACGAAGUCUCUCUACAUGACUCUGCUGUCAGUGGCAGCCUCGUCAGAUCCAGGCACAAGCCUGCUGCGAGCAUCAGCUCCGUGGCCAUGACAGGAGAGGGACGAGAUUCCUCUGGUGGAGGUUCAUCUCGCGAGCAAAGAGGCUCAAGCGAAGACACAGCUAGCGAAGGCCGCACUAUGUCCGUAACCUCCGACCCCAGCUCAGACUGCCGCACCGCUUCCUCAACCCCACCCCAGUAUGCAUCGCCAUAUAUGUCCGCGCCAGAAGAGGACGAGGAAGAAGACGACUACGUGGACCUAGAAGCGCGAGCAACUCUCGCUCCCGAGGUUGUCACGAAAAAAUACGAGUCAAUGCUCGCCCAUCAGGCUCGUCAGCACACCGUCCGAAUGAAGCAUCCCACCCACUACCAAAACAUUCAUCCUGCCCACCGACAACUGUACAUUGCACCCGAGCCAAUGGGUAUCGAUCCUGACCCCGUGAGGAUUUGGGACCCUCUUCCUCGUCCUGCCAAGAUCAACAAGUACCACGGCUUCUGCAAAUCAGCGUGGCAGAUUCGGGAGAAUGUCCAAGAAGGUCUGAGUAUCGCCAUGAUUCCGGCAGGCAAAAUCGGCGAGACCUUUCCCCAUUGGAAAUGCAAAAUGUGCGAAUUCCAGACCAAGGCCACGAAUGACUCCAAUGCCCUACCUACACAGGUCUACCACGCGUCGUCCGGGGUACGCUACAAAUGGAUCUUCCUGGCGAAAUCACAUAUACCUACCAACGACGCCAAGCCCAAACCUGAGGCGUAUGCGUAUGGAUGCAUUUUCUGCGCCGCGCAGGGGAGGGAGACUGCGGUGCAUGCCAAUCUGAAUGCGCUGAUGGGACAUAUCGUUGGCAAACACAAGACUGCGAUGUUGACGCCGGAAGUCCUGGAAAAGACGAAGUGCAUUCUGGGAGGAACGUCGGAUCGGGGGCACGAGUGGGACAUCAAUCUGCCAGAGAACACCGGGAAGCGAUUUGCGGCCAAGAUCGGACAUCGAGUUGUCAAUGCCAUGACGAGUAUUGUUUGA